GAUACGUGUAUUUUUACGUGAAAAUCCAAUCCUAAACUUGGAGUUAAACCCACAGUUGAACCCACCCAUUUCUCCUCCGGCUCGUAUCCGGACAAUCCCGCCGAACCGCAGAAGAAGAGCCGCGAACGACAAACGAGAGAAGAGAUGCUGCGCCAGACACUUCGAAAGCAUGUUGGACAUGUGGGCACUCGCCGCGUAUUCAGUUCGAUUGGGUUGAGUCAGCCAGAGGUGGAGACCGCGGUCCCCGUCGUCAACCUUGUAGUUGAGGAGACCGCCGUGGACAGUGACGAAUUGGGGCGCAAGCUGAAGCCCAAAGAAGUUGUAGACCAGCUGAACAAGUACAUUGUGGGGCAGAACGACGCGAAGAAGGCCGUCGCCGUGGCACUGCGCAACCGAUGGCGCCGCCAACAGCUGCCGGACGACUUGCGUCCUGAAGUGAGUCCCAAGAACAUUCUCAUGAUCGGGCCCACGGGGUGCGGCAAGACGGAGAUCGCGCGUCGCCUGGCCAAGUUGGCGCAAGCUCCGUUUGUCAAGGUGGAAGCGACCAAAUUCACGGAAGUGGGGUUCCAUGGUCGCGACGUGGACCAGAUCAUCAAGGACUUGUUGGAGAACUCGAUCCAGUUGGUGAAGAAGCAUCGCAUGGAGCGCGUGCGGAAGGACAUCGCGGGGGUCGUGGAGCAGCGCAUCAUCGAUGCGUUGGCGGGACAGCACACGGGGGCGCAGUCUCGUCAGACGUUUCUGCAUCUGCUUCGGUCGGGGGAGCUAGACGAGCGCAUGAUCACGGUGGACGUGCGCAGCUCGGGCAACGCGGGCAACAUUGGGUCCAUCUCGAUCGACCCGUCCGGCAAAGUGAACUCGAACUCGUCGACCGUGAAUGACCUCAUGAAGGUGAUUUCUGGCGGGAAAAAGUUGGAGAAGAAGCAACUGAGUGUGGCGGACGCGCGGCCGAUCCUCGAAGAGAUGGAGCUCGAAAACGCCAUCGACAUGGGCGACGUGAUCAAGGAAGCGAUCACCGAAGCGGAAGAGAACGGCAUUGUGUUUAUCGACGAGAUCGACAAGAUUUGCUCGUCGGGGGCGUACCGCGGCGCCGACGCGAGCGACGAAGGCGUCCAGCGGGACCUUUUGCCGCUCAUCGAAGGCAGCACCAUCUCCACCAAGCACGGGAACGUGAACACGGACCACAUCCUGUUCAUCGGGUCUGGCGCGUUCCACUCUGUGAAGCCAUCCAACUUGCUGGCGGAACUGCAAGGUCGGCUGCCUAUCCGCGUCGAGCUCAAGGCACUUACGGAGAACGACCUGUGGCGCAUCCUCACGGAGCCCGUGGCCAACUUGAUCAUGCAGCAAAAGGCGCUGCUGGCGACGGAGCAAGUGAACUUGACCUUUGACGACGACGCGAUCAAGGAGGUGGCGCGCGUGGCGUACGAAAUCAACCACACGGUGGAGAACAUUGGUGCCCGCCGGCUGCACACGGUGCUCGAGAAGGUCGUGGAGGACAUCUCGUUCGAAGCGUCCGACUACCCCGACGGCCACGUGCUCACGAUCACCAAGGAGAUUGUGCACGACCGGAUUGGUGCCAUGCUCAAGAAGUCGGACCUGUCCAAGUAUAUCUUGUAAUAAGCGCGGAUAAUAGCUUUUGUCGGAUAUAAUACAUACAUUCCGUGACGGUUACAUCGUGAACCUGUGA